UUAAAGAGAGAGAAAGACGUUUAUUAAUAAUAAAAAAGACAGUGAAUAUGAUAUUUAUCUUAACGAUAAAUAUGACUUCUAUGAUCCUUUAUGAAGAAGCCUUUAAGCUUAGUUAAGACAGUGAACCUGGUAAUGGUAAUGUUCAGUGCUAACACAGCAAUAGCGUUAUUCUGGUAGCAUAGCUCCAUAGUGGUCACAACACUAUGCCUGUACUGCUAUGACAGCUUACUGUAAUAUUACUUCUACUAAUGCUUGGCAAAGCUUAAAAAUUCCCACGCGAAUAAUCAAAACACCUUAAUCUAUUUGGUUAAUCGGAUUUCUAGAUUUAUGUAGGUAAGUAAAUAAGAUCAAAACCAAUGAUUCUUAUUAAAGUGCAAACACUUUACCAGAAAGAAAGCUGAAAAGCAACCCGUGUUUAUUUGAAUAGACACCUUCAUUAUUACAUCGAAACUCUGUGUAAAUGCACUUUCGAGCAUGCUAAGCUCUCACACACAAUUAUAUAGGCCCAGCUGUGGAGUCAAAUAGGCUUGUUAAUGUUUUUUGCACGAAGCUGCUCAGAUGGCAGAUAUUGCCAGGUGACACAUCAUCUGCGCAACCGGCAUUGUAUGCCCAGCAGAAGGGAGCCCUGCGCUCACCACUGCUACAGUGGGCCCAUGUUGUCGUCAAUGGCCUCUGGCAUCCCUUUCAGGCACUACAUACGCAAUCGUGUAUGCCAAGAUAGGUUCAUCAACAGCAAAAAAAGUUAUGAUAUUUAAACUGUGUUGCAUGCAUCUUGAAACACUUCUGAUUGCAAUUGUGCUGCAAGUCUGAAUGAGAUGUACAAAAUGUUUUAGUAAAACGAGUGUAACGGUAGACAGUGGCAAAUUUUUGCUUGGUGUGAGAGUAUGUUGUCAUAUGCAGCGGGUUAACUUCUUUUAUUGUUUUUCAUAAUGCAUUGCACCAGUCAUAAUUUUCAAGAGGCUGGAUGUGUGCUUUUUAAGCCUGCUAUACAUGAUAGAGUCGAUGUCCUCAUAUCUGAUGUUCCUGUAGUGAGUUUUCGCAUGGAGUCUACAUUUUAUGAUUCCGAGGAUGUAAAAAAAAAAAACAGGAAAGAAAAAUAAUUGCCACCUGAAAAGAAUAUAACUGUACUUUGAUUCAUAUUGCUGCUUCGUCAUUUUUUGCUUAUGCGAGCACAUGUGCUUAUGCUACCGCAGGUCACCUUGAGCCCCAGUAUUAGCAUGAGCCCCAGUAUUAGCACUGCAGUGCAGUAAGAAGUAACAUAAAAAAAAUGUUACAAAAAUUGUCAUGCUGACACUUGCAUCAGUGAACUGUCUGUUCACUUCCUCAAAAAAAAAAAAAAAGAAGUGAAUUAUCUUUACCAAGAGCAUGAAUGGCUCAACGAGUGGCAAUUUUGGUUAAAGUAAUUUUUUAAUGUUGUUUUACAUGAUUUUUUGCGUAUGUGUCUCAGGGGCCUGUUUGUAUAUUUGGUCAAGUAACAUUGGCUACGUAGCGUGUAGUUAUUUUUUAGUAUUUCUGUACUGAUUUGGAAGUAAGUUUAUGCUAAAGCGCAUGUUACACUGCCCUUUGUUUCAAGGGCUUUGGUAUGCUACAGUAUAAUUUCGCCUGAAUUUUGUUUUUGAUAAAACUGUACUUGUGCGUAGUUUGGUGUGGACUGAUUACAAGAAAACCAGUACAAGACUGGGACAUAAUCUGCCACUAGAAACAUGAAUAAAAAUUACAGACAAUAGAAAACAAUUUCUUGGAUAUUUUUUAUUUAACGGUUGACAUGUAUGCCUUCCACAAGUUCUUAGUUGACUGUUCUAAAUGCGUUGUUGCUCUAUUUGUAGUAUCCUCAAGCCUUCAUGACGGACAAUUCUGCCACAGAGAAAGCAGCCCUGCAAGCUGUUUGGCCCCAAGGGACACAGCUGCUUUGCUUUUUUCAUGCUGCGCAAGCAGAGUGGAGGUGGCUCACGGCAGCUCGCAACGACAUCGGAAAGGAGCAGAGAAGAAGUCUCAUGUCAGCAUUCUGGCAGGUGUGUGCCCCAGAAGCAGUUUUGCACUCAUACGGUACUAGGACGAGUUUUGGUAGUAUGUGCUUCACCGUUUAUAGUGCGCAGAGCUUUACCAUUUGUCACCGAUCACUGGUGAUAAGUUGGCUGCUGCCAUAAUUGCCAAAGCAUUAAAGAGCUGCAACUAAUUAAAAGCAGGUGGGAGCUUCACAGAAGUAUGUCUUUUACUAAUGCUGGCAUAAAUGUCUCUGAAAUUUAUGACAGCAUACUAAAAGUGCACUGAGAUAUUCCAGUUUUCCCUAAGCAUUUUGAAACAACAUGAAAUGGAUAAUACUAUAGCUACUUGAAUGAAUCGCUGCAUUGAUUUCUUUCAGAUCAUGUAUGCUGACAGCCCUGGAAAGCUGGAGAGUGCUACCAAAAACUUCCGAGAGUGUUCCCACACAUCGUAUCUAUCACGUGUGGAAACCUUUUUGGACCGGAAAGAAGAGUGGGUGCUGUUGUUUCGUAGCAAGCUCACAACACAUGGCCACAACACCAAUAAUUUUGCAGAGGCUUCCACUUGGAUUUUGAAGGGUAUUGUUCUUUCAAGAACAAAAGAAUUUAAUGCUGUGGCUCUAGUGGAAUCAAUAUCAGAAGUAUGGGAGCUCUACUUCAAGAGCAGAAUUUUAAAGCACGCGCACAACCGUGUCCCCAUACACCAGCUGCUCUACGACAGCCUUCUGAAGAAGACACCAGAAGGAGCUCAGGCAUCAGUCGUCUCACUUGGGGACAACUGCUUUUUGGUGCCAAGCUUCCAAAAGAACGGCGAAAUUUAUGAUGUAUGCGGAGAUAUAGGCACGUGUACAUGCCGAGCUGGUUGCACAGGUGCCUUCUGCAAGCACCAAGCGCUUGUACACAAGCAUUUUGGUGGUAUUUUUCCGAACUGCCCAGCACUGACAAUAACUGACCGCCAUGAACUGGGAAGACUGGCCCUCGGAGAUGUGUGCCCAGGCAUAGAGUUUUUUUCAAACUUCUGUGACACCAACGAAGCGCUAAGUGAGCAUGGCCCAGCACUUCAACAUGAAAUGUGUCCUGCUAAUGCAAACGAGAAUGAAGAGAGAGCAGACCCUCCAGCUGUUCUUGGACCAAAAGUGUGUCCAACAUCAGGCCUCGAGCAGCAAGACAGCCAGGUGUGUGCCAGUUUCCAUGCUCAGGUUAAUCAAAAGUGGGUAUAAAGAUAUAUAGCAGCAAAUCGUGUCAAGUAAAAAACAUGCAACUGGCUGAUUGGAAAGUAGUCAAGCAUAUGACAUUCUACUCAUGUAGUUUGUAACAUUUGGGCAGAUUUGACUGGCAUGUCAGUGCCUUAAUUGUGUGAAUCAUUGUAAGCGGUAAUGAUGCACCUAUACCAGGCAAACUGUAUAUAAAGCAGUUUGGACCAAUGUGCAUGAUAGCUGCCGCCUUGUGUGUGUGUGUAUUCAAAAUGGAGUGAUUUACAAUUUGUUUAAAAGGGAAGUUCGAAUUUUCCUACAUUGUUUAAGCUUCUGCAAGCUAGAACACACCCCUGUUCACUAGUGUAGAUUUUUUCCAUGAACUUCAUGCAGUCUCUUUAACAAGUGUUGCCACUAAAUUUACUAGCUGUGGCAGUUGUGCUUAAAGGGUGACUGCAACGAUUUCUUGAGGUCGGCAAAUCUCCAUGAAAUUCUAUGGGCAUGUACUUCUACACACUGUCAUUUCUUCAAAAUGGCAAGCCUGGGA